AUUCAUUUCUAUUUUUACAGAGAUUAAUUGUCUUUAAAAAUUUUAACCAAGUUUUUCAUUAAAUGAUUACAUAAACUAAUACACAUAGUAUGAUCUGACCAAAUGCAAUUAAAUAUUAUUCAAGCUUAUCAAAUACUUCUAAAGUAUUCAGCUCUGUUUUCUCAAUUCAUGAUUCCUAUUUUUCCAAAAGUUAUUUGAUGCAAAAUGGAGGUGCAAGAUAUUCUGUAUCCCAAAGCCCAAUAUAUUGAAACUGCCACAGGCAAUCGCGUGAGCCGCGCAAGUAUCUUGUGUGGCUCCCAACACAUCGUUCUGAGCGGUAAGGUGAUCGUCUUGUCUGGAGCCAUCAUCAGGGGAGACUUGGCUAACGUGCGUGUUGGUCGUCACUGUUUCAUUGCGACCAAAGCUGUCAUCAGACCGCCAUUCAAGAAAUUUAGUAAAGGGGUGGCAUUCUUCCCACUUCACAUCGGUGACCAUGUCUACAUUGGUGAGGGCUCUGUUGUGAAUGCUGCUGCCAUCGGAUCUUACGUACACAUAGGCAAGAACUGCGUCAUAGGGAGACGCUGCGUUCUGAAGGACUGCUGCCACAUUGCUGACAACACCGUGCUGCCCCCGGAGACUGUAGUGCCGCCCUUUGCAAUCAUGUCGGGGUCUCCAGCUUACCACGUUGCCGACCUCCCUGAAGCCACGCCUGACCUCAUGAUGGACUACACGCGUUCCCUGUACAACCACUUCAUCAUGGUCAAGGAGGUCCAGGCGGACAAGAACAAGAAGAGCGACAGCACCGCCAAGCUGGUCGAACUCUGAGGCAGUGCCUAUCAUCUGUGAUUAAUCAGAAAUUAGUUUUAUCUAUUCCAUGUUUUGGAUCACUCUGCGCUAGCAAAUAACGUCUUUAGCAUAAAUUAGAAACAUAACUAUUUAAAAUAUGUUUUUGUGUAUUUAUCUUUUUCAACUUUAUAGUUUCUAGUCUUCAUAAUUCAUCUUUCUCUAUCCAAUAAUGAUGUAAGGACUUUAAAGGCAAAGGCAAACACCGACAUAUAUUUCAUUUCAAAAUUAUAACUGCUUUAUAAAUAAGGACUCUUGCUUGGUCGCUGCAAUAUAUAUAUAUAUAUAUACUCGAGGACAAUUAAUUCAUGUGAAAUUGAUAACGCAUCUUUCUGUGGUUACCAAAGUGAAGAGAUGGGAACAUCUUCAUAAAUAUACUAAUUUUUAGAAGUCCUAAUUUCUAUAGUUGUAUUAUAAUUCGAUUAUGGAAUAAUUCUUUUAGGUACACAUCUCUUUGUAAAAUCGAUAAUUUUCAAUUAAAGGUUGCAGUCAUUCAUAUUUAUAUAAUAAAUAACGCAAUAAAAAUUCAGCCUAAUAUUGAUUGAAUAUUCAUACAUCUUCAUUCAAUCGCCUAUUCCAUAGAAAAGAAUUUACUUGAACAUUACAAAUGGGUUUCAUCUGCUCAAUAAAUUCAUCCAACAUUUUGUGAGCUAACUUAUAUCAUAAAAACUGGCCAUAUUCAAGGAGUCGGCCAACGUAUAAAAACUUACCACGCUCAGGGAAGCUUGCAAGGCUAAAAAUCCUUUAUUGACAGCAUUGAACUAAUUUAUAAAUAACUAUUUUGAUAUAAAUUGUAGAUUAUUUGUAAAUGAGAAAGGUAAUGGUACGGCAAGUUGAAUUAAUAAUUUUCAAACUCAAUUUUUCUGAUAAAUUUCACGAAAGUACUAACGUUGAGAUACUUAUCUUAGGCUUAUGGUACAUCUUGGUACAAAAAUUUCAUUUGAGAUUUCAAAAUAAUUGCUAACAUUUUACUACUCAUUUGCAUGGUACAAAAGUGCCGAAAUCAGCAAUUCAAAACAUAUGUUAAUCAAAAUGUUAUAUAGAAACAAUACUAAAAAUUCGACUGACUGAACUAAACAACGGUGUACGAUGUAGAAUCUUUGCAUGGAGUGCAACUCCUACAGAUUCACGUCUGGCCAAACGGGCAUUUUGUGAACUUCUAAUGAUUCGCCAGUCACACAUUCAUCAUUAGGCCUGCAAAGGAAACUUAAAUCCGAAUACCAGCGGAUGUGGAAAAAUCACUCGCAGAAAUUUUUAAUUAAAAUACUCCUGAAAGAU